AUGGAGGAGGGAGGAGGGCUGUUAAACGUCAAAGACAGCACAAAGUCUUUUGCCACGUAAUUACGAGAGCCUUUCAGCUCCAUCUUCUCUCCCAGGGGUCUCAAUCUUUCAUUUACAAUCCACUCCACUGCAUGCCAGUGAGCGCGCCGUUUGAAGUGCCAGAACACACAAGCGCGCGCGUGUGUGUGUGUGUGAGUAGAGAGCACGGCGUGGAGCAGAGGAGAGAGCCAAGAGCCAACAGCUUAGGGAAGGCGCUGGAGUGUCCUGCCUCCUCUCGCUGCUUUACACACAUGCAUCUGAAAGGCAUCAGCAUUUCUGGAUCAGCGCUCAGUCACCAACUCCGUGGAGCUCUGGGAGUUUUUUCUUAUUGAAUCAACAAUACUUUUCAGAAAGAGAUUAUAUGGCUUUGAGUGGACGCAUUCAACAUACUUCGUGGUCUUUAUAGUCCUAUUAAGUUCCACAAAGUUUUAUUUCAAUUUGAAACAUUGCUCCACUUGGAUAAGUAGCUAUCAUAGUGGGCAAAGGUAUUGGUUUGGAGGCGCUGUUCCUUAUGAGUUUGUCUUCAAAAUUACGCAAGGAGGACCUGUUUGGUUAACCUAAUACACUUGCCCAGUUUUUUUUCCUCUUGUAUCGUAUUUGCGUCAUGACUUCUAGCUAUGCACAUGUAAUGGACAGACAAGCAACCAUAUCCAGCAGACUGGAGAGUCCCAUUACAGCCAACCUGGAAAACCUGCAAGCCAAAAAGAACUUCUCGGUGAGCCACCUGUUGGAUCUAGAGGAGGCUAGAGAAAUGGUCGGUUCUCAGGCGGACGACAGUGUUGGCGAAACGGGCAGGACUAUGCUGGAAUCUCCGGGUUUAACCAGCGGCAGUGAUACAACACAACAGGAGAAUGAACAGCUGAACUCCGAAGAAAAGAAGAAGCGUAAGCAGCGGAGGAAUAGAACUACGUUCAAUAGCAGCCAGCUGCAAGCGCUGGAGCGAGUGUUUGAGCGGACACACUACCCAGAUGCCUUUGUUCGAGAAGACCUGGCACGCAGGGUCAAUCUCACCGAAGCUAGAGUUCAGGUGUGGUUCCAAAACAGACGGGCAAAGUUUCGGCGCAAUGAGCGGGCGAUGCUGGCCAGUAAGAAUGCCUCGCUUCUCAAAUCGUACUCAGGCGACGUAACGGCAGUGGAGCAGCCUAUCGUCCCCCGUCCCGCACCCCGUCCAAAUGACUACCUGUCCUGGGGGAGCGCAGCCCCGUACAGCUGGUACCCAAGGCCGGAGGGAGGGCCAAUGCGAAUGCCACAGAAAAUGCUGCCCACAGAAAGCAACUCCGUGGCAACCUACCCACCCACUUGUGCCAACACCACUUCCACCCAGGGAAUGAAUAUGGCCAACAGCAUUGCUAACCUGAGACUGAAGGCCAAAGAGUACAGCCUCAACCAGGUGCCCACUGUCAAUUAAGCCUGAAACGGGGGAUGAGAUGAGGGGACAAAGAGAAGCAAGGGAUGUUGACAAGAGAAGAACGCAGAGGAGCUGGAUUAGUUUGGCCUUCUGCAGUAUCAAGAGCAGAGUCGAUGUGACUUUUCUCCCCCUCCUAAAACAAUGGAACUGAAUUGUUGUCCCUAUCAUUUGGCUUUUUUAUUCAUCACGGAUGAAGGUAUGUUUUUGAGAAACAUAAUCUCAGUUUGUACUGAUCCGAAGAUUGUAAAGACAGCGCAAGGUCUGCUCUUUGGAGAACAAAUCAACGAGCAGGGCUCUGCUAAAUCUGUAAGAAGUGUCAGACAGAGCGUCUGGAUGCUGUAAGCUGUUCUUUCCUUGUUCUUUUUUGGCUUUAUUUUGUUCAACCGGACGGAAAGUAGAGACACUUUCAUGGCAAACAAUGGAACUGUUGUUCACCAUUCAUCACUGAAUGUUUUAAAUUACACUACAAAAAAGUUAAUGCUGAGAUUUGGCAAAAUACUGACCCAAAAUGUCUUCAUGUCUACAUACAGUAGAAUAAAGACACAUUUGUGGACUUUAGUCAGUAAACAGGAGAUGUUUAAAACAAUCCUUGCUGAUGGAAGCAUUGAGGUCGGAUUACAUCUUUUAUCGUCUUGAAUAUUACACCACUGUUUAAGGUUAAUACUAUGCCCCAUGGUGACCUAUGUAUCCACUCACAGUACAUUAACACAUUAUGUUUCAGUUUUUCCAAAGGUGAUUUUUUUUUUUUUUUAUCAAUUAUAUUUUCCUUCUUAUAUUUGAAAACCAUAUAGUAAUAAAACAUUUUCAAGCAAUAAAUCCUAUACUAUUGUGUUGAAUCCCGCAGAUAAAGAGAGACAUGCAUAUUUUUUUUUUGCUAAAUGCUCUUAUUUGAGAAACUGUUGCAGGCAACAGUAUUACUUCAACAUGACCUUACAAAAUAUAUCCGUAUGUAACAUUUCUUGCAUUAUGUUAGUCAAAACACCAACAAUACAAAAUAAAUAAUCCAAAAUGAAUUUUGUUUUAUAUUAUAGAUUUUGAUGGUAAUCAAUGUGAUUUCAAUUGUGUCUGAAACUAUGUGAGAGAAAUAUGGGUUUUUAGAUUUAUCCUACGAUAUACCUAGAUUAUUUCUGACUGUUCAAUUAAAUUUAGAGCAUCAUAUGAUACUAUGCAAUGCCGCUAAGCUAUGUUUUUCAUGUUGUGUUGAGCCGGUCAAAAUAUUCCUCAUGGUUUGCCCAUGUACAAAGAAAGAAAAUUUCCCACUAAUUAAAUCAAAUUCAAUUUAUGUACUUUUUUUUUUUUUGCAGUAAUGAAUUGAUUCAUCAAUAAUCAAUUGAUUAAUCUCAAUUUAAAUGCAAAUUCUGCAAAAAAAUUUGACAGAAUCUCAGUUGUCAUGGAGUAGUGUUAUAUUUUUCUUUAACAUCUGUACUGAACAUCUGUUACUUAAAAUGUUAAGAACAGAUUAGUUCCUAGAUCUGAUACAUAAUGCUUUUUAAGCAUGAAUUUCAAUUUUUCAUUUACUCGCAAGCGCAGUUUGUUGCAGCAUCUGUAACUCAAUAAUUUAACGUGUAUAUGACGUGAUCACUUUGGGGAAAUUGAAAGCAUUUGAGUUUAAAUCUGGUCACCAAUUAUGCCCCAUUUUUAUGUCACAGCAUGAUGGGAAGAGAAUCCCAGUUACCCCUAUAUUUCUAUGGAGGAAAGAAAACAAGGAAGAAAAAGUAUGUCAAACUUUUCUUACACUUAAAGUAAAGUAAAAAAAAUCGAAAUUGCUUUUUUUUUCUUCUAACCAAACCAAUAGCAUAAAAGGAAAAUGUGUUGAUGACUACAAGCAAAUUAGUGACUAAAUGCUUGCAGAAUCAGUCAAAACAAAAGCUUUGCAGAUUUAAUUACAUCUAAAAUAAACAAACUGACUGAGUUUGAUAUGACUUUUUCCCCCCAGCAAUCCAAGAAUAUGCUAUACAUGAUGUAUUGAGUGCUGUACUGGAGAUACAUAAAGGCUUUAUCAAUAUAUUAUCAUCAACAACUGUUCCAACAGCUAAAAUAUAAUGUAUGUAAUAUCAGUAUGUGAAAACUUAAAUGACGAUCUGCAAAGUGAUUUUAUUAAACUUACUCUCUAUCAUUUAUUUAUUGAUAACCUGCCGAUGUCAUAUAUUGAAACUUUUUAAGCUGCUAUUAAACAUAGUCAAACCCACUUUCCAAA